CGCUCUGUUUACCCAUAGCAGCCAUACCGAAGCAAGGCGUCGUUGUACGUACGCGGGCAUCGGCACACUUACGUCUCUCAACCACAUAGAAAGGACGCUUCGUGUGCCUGUGUCAGUGCCGACAUAAUCUGGACAUAAAGUGGAACAAGACAAAUACGACAAAUAGUGUGCAAGAAGCGGAACAAAAAUGGCUGCUGGGGCCUUACUUUGCGUCGCUCUUGCAUUCCUUGGUUGCCUCGUUAGCAGUUUCCCCUUCAUCGAUGAAAUUUAUGAAGGAAGUCCUUGUCCUCUGGAAGACGGUGCUAUUGGAGUCUGCAAGAAGCUGCCCGAUUGCGCCCCGAGACUCAAUGAGGUCCAAGCAGGUAGAAGGAGCUCUGAUUCUUCCGGUCGCUGCGGUUUUACAGAUUUCACGGAAAUAGUCUGCUGCUCGCUGAAUAUUUCUGACAAGAUCGGUAGCAGACCAGCAGAUGUAGCUUGUCAGCAAUAUUACAACGAAGUAACGUCGGAAGGAGUGGUCUUCCAUAUUUUGGGUGGUGAGGCAACAUCACCGGGUGAAUUCCCAUACCUAGCCGCCCUUGGAUACCUGGAGACUGAUGAAGAUACUGAAGGAGUUAUCAAGUAUUCCUGCGGUGGUACGUUGAUAUCAUCCCAGCAUGUGCUCACAGCCGCGCAUUGCGUUAGCAACAUAAACGAUCAAGUUCCGAUCGAGGUACGUCUUGGAAGCGAAGAUCUAGAGAGUAGCGAUCCAAUUCCACAACGGAUUCCUAUAAGCAGCAUCAUCCCACAUCCGAGUUACAAACGAAGUGUCAACUACAAUGACAUAGCUAUCGUCAAGCUAAAGACACCGGCACGUUUGACGAAUACCGUAAAACCCAUAUGCCUUCAAACAAAAUCAUUAACAACUAGCCAAAUACCUGCGAAUGCCUCACUGGUAGUAACGGGUUGGGGUGCGACCAGCAGCUUUGGCGACGGGUCCACUAAGUUACUGAAGGCAGCCGGACUACGUUUCAUAGAGAAGGAUUCAUGUUCGAAACUAUACACAGAAUUCAGAAGGCUGCCCCGCGGCCUGGAUGAUGGUAUGAUCUGCGCCCUGGAUUCUAACACAACAAGACGCGCCGACGCUUGUCAAGGCGACAGUGGGGGACCACUUCUGAUGUUGUCCGAAAAUAGUCAGACAGUUGUUGGUGUCACAUCCUUUGGACAAGCCUGUGGUGGACCUUCUCCAGGAGUUUACACCUCGGUUUACUCAUAUUUAGACUGGAUCGAGGCGCAAGUCUGGCCGGAUCAGGCUAGUGACUGAACAUAAUGCGACCGUCACGACGAGAGCCUCUUGGACCAUAGACUCAAGUGAGACUAAUGUGCACAUAAGAUGAAGUGGACGUGAGUAGCGAAAUAUUAGGAUUGCUCGUAUGGAGAAGUUUCAUAAGUGACUAAGGCAAACAUAUGCAAAACAUAUCCGCGACAGUGACAACCAUCUGAAUGGUAGAAACAAAUUCUUACAGGGACGACGAAUGUAAUUUUUGUUUACGUAAGAGUAACGCAACCAUUCUUAAUGACGGAGAAAUAUAAUUGUUCAAACGACUCUGCCUAAUUAAUGGGUAUGACAUGGCCAUGAAUGAUUUUUUUACUUUGAUAGCAAUGCGCAUCUUUAACCGAGAAGAAUAUUAUAUAAACUUAUGAGCUAAAGGAGUCAGUGUGGGAUUUAGCAUAAUUUCAUGCCAUCCAACCGGAAAGACGAAUUGUACAGGGUAAAGAAACACUAUGUAAAUUAAUAGUCUUUUAAUAAAAAAAAUACUUUCUACUGUCUACUUAUCAGACAUUAACAUCAAACCAUUAAACUGGCUAGCAUAAAAUAUUUUGAUAUCGCUAGCAAACCUGAAACAUUUCUUCCAGACAAUGAGAGACGCUUCUAUUAUUUAGCACUGAUAUGCUAACAGGAGCUGGUAAUACUUAUCGCUCUAAGUACAGCACAUGUUAUAUA